AUGGAUAGCGGCGGCAAUCCCUAUCCCUAUGGGUACCCUCCACCCGGCUCGACUCCCUAUUCGUAUCCUCCUCUGCACCCCUCCCAUUCAUUCUCCGGCGAGCAACACCAACAGACGACUAAUUCCGGAGCCUUCCCCUAUCCCCCUCCACCAUACACUGGUUCACAACCUCCCUAUCCUCCUGCGUACCCAAUUCCAUCGUAUCCCCCCCCUCCUCAUGUCUAUCCAUCUACCGGCCCCCCAUCUGCGCCGCCCCUCGAUCCAAACCCCCCACAUCGGCCUGCCCUGCAUCAGCACAACAGCUUCCAGUAUGACGGCUACCCUUACCAGCAAUUUGGUCAAUACCCCCCUGAAAAUCCCCGCCCUCCGCCCCGCUCCGAGAGCUUCUCUGGGUACCAUCACCAGGAUUUCUCUGGGUACCAGCGCCAAGACAGUUCUGCGGCUCCGCAGACGGCAGCAAAUUAUCCUCCAGUGUCAGUGGAUCACUUCGGCAACCCAGUGAGGUUUGGCGAUCCCCCAACAUCCUAUGGCCCCCCGCCGCCUCCCUCAUCUUCCACCAUGACAACUCCAUCUGUUUAUCCACUGAACGACCGCUUGGAAAAUGUUCGGCUGUCUGACCAGCCGUCCUCCGCUGUCGGUUCACCGUCUGUGUUGAGCCCUUCUGUGAGUUCCCACGAUCGACCAGGUAUGUACAGCCACCCCAAUUACUCAUUUCCGGCCAGCUUCUCUCCUCAAGUUCCGUCUGCUCCGUCUGCUCCGUCUGCUCCGAGGCCACAUAGUGGAUCACAGCAAGGGCAGAUGACGCAGAUUGUCCCCUUUCAGCCUUCUAAACUAUCUCUGAAGGUCCUACUCUUGCACGGGAGCUUGGAUAUCAUUGUGGUUGCUGCGAAGAACUUGCCCAACAAGGACAUGUUCUCGAAAACUAUUGUAGACAUCAUUGGCCCGGGGCUCCUGAAAAACCUCAGCGGGAAAUUGGAAGAGCACAGCAUGCCUUCCGUCACUAGUGACCCUUAUGUCACCUUCUCUGUAUCCAACGCUGUUCUUGGCCGGACUUAUGUGAUCAGUAACAGCGAGAAUCCUGUCUGGAACCAGCACUUCUAUGUGCCCGUCGCGCAUUAUGGCUCAGAGAUCUGUUUUGCGGUCAAGGACAGCGAUGUCGUGGGCUCCCAGCUCAUAGGGACUGUUGUGAUUCCAGCUGAGCGAAUCUACGACGGAUCGAAAGUCGAAGGGAUUUUUCCAGUCCUGGGAACCAAUGGAAAGCCUUGUAAGCGUAAUGCGACUUUACAGCUCUCCAUUCAGUAUAUACCGGCUGAAUUGCUGGCCAUGUAUCACCAUGGAGUGGGUCCAGCCUACAACGGUAUAUCAGGUACAUAUUUCCCUCACAGGAAAGGUGGGAAUGUUAAACUUUAUCAGGAUGCUCAUGUCCCAGAUGGUUGUCUUCCGGAUAUAAGGCUGGAAAAUGGCAUGGCUUAUGAGCAUGGGAGGUGCUGGGAAGAUAUUUUUAAUGCAAUAAGUCAGGCUCGUCGUUUGGUUUACAUCACAGGCUGGUCAGUCUACCACAAUGUACAGUUGGUUAGACAUGGUCAAAAUGGAUCAGUCUCUAUGCUCGGGGAACUUCUAAAGUUGAAGUCACAGGAAGGAGUUAGGGUGUUGCUUCUUGUAUGGGAUGAUCCCACAUCUAGGAAUAUUAUCGGUAUCAGAACAGUAAGGCUGAAAACUCUCUUCCUGGUGCAAUCUUUUUGCAUUAAUAGUUGUUCACGUGAUUCAUCAGUGGAUGUAUUUUAUAUCUUAAAAAUUCCAUGUAGAGCAUAUGUUUUCCUGCUUUUAAUCCCGAGUGAAACAGCUGCGCCCGUGUGUUUAUCUGUCCUUAGUAACCUUUGAUUCGUCAUUUACUCUAACGGACAUUGAGAGCUUAUGAUUCUAUUGGAUCAAUAAAGCUUAAAUUUGGAAGAUAUAUUUUUGGUUUCCUCAUGACAACUAGCUGGGGGAAAAAUGCUCCUAAACACUAAAAGGCUUAUUUUGUGAACUUGAGAUAUAUAAUGAUUGGGCGUCCCAUACUGUGUCAGGCCUUACGACACUUCAUUUUAUUUUCAAACUUCUUUAUAAAUUGAUUUAAAAAAAUUUCACAUUCAUAGUUUUAAGUGGUUUAUUGUGACUAGUGCAAUCCUUUUUUCUAUAUUUGAUUUCAUAAUUUUUCACAUUCAUAGUUUAUGGGCGCCCCAUUCUAUAUUUGAUUUCAUAAUUUUAAGUGACUAGUGCAAUCCUUUUUUGAGUUCCUUUGUCUGGAUGACAAUUAUUGUCACGAGCCGGAUUUAAUUUUCAUCCUGGAAAUUAUUCGGUGUAAAUUGUUUCUUUCACUGAUUUUUAUGGUACAAUUUUAACAUGCUCUGAAAAGCAUCUGUAUAGAUUCCAUGGGUGGGGCCUAAAAUAGAAUAGACUGAACAGCUAAAAAUAUAACAGAACCAAGACUUCUUGUUUCAGACACUGGUGCCCGCUGAACACUAUCGAAGAGACUAUCUUUCAGAAAGUAGCACAUGGUUGGGGAUUUGCAUAGAAGCUAGCAAAUAGAUUUAGUGAUACCAUGAUGCAGAGUAAAAUGAUAACUACUUUCCCUUUCUAGCGCACAGCAAUUGUUGAAAUCCUUGAUGUGCAUUUUAUAUUUUUCAGUCUAUCACAUUUUUUUCAACUGACACAAGUUUCCAUGUAGAAGCUAGAAAAUAAACUUAAUGACCUCAUGAUAGAAAUAAAGACGAGCGUUGGUCCUCCUUUUUACCACAAAGAACUUGCUAUAAUCUUGAUUGCUCAUUUCGAUUUUUCGCUCUAUCAUGUCCUCAAGCAACGGUAGGUAAGCAUCCGGAAGUGUGCUUGGAUUUUGGAAGUCAAGUAGUCUGACAGGCUGUCUAUGCCAGGUCACUUCAAAUGUAACCCCAACAAAGAUAGCAGCCAUUUAUGUAUUGUCGAAUCUUGUUAUUUCCUAACUCAAAACCUCCUGCCAAUUUACCACUCACAUCUCACUUAAAUACGCACAAGACCAAUUUACCAUUUACAUCAAUCCGCUUCAGAAAACAAAUUCCCAAGAUAUUUUCUCAGUAAUGAGAAGUUCACUCGCAAUGAUGCAUUAUAUUUGUGUCCUUGAGGAUGAAAAUGGAAACUUUAGGAGGAAAAUUUAUUGAAGCAGAGUGCUGAGUCGCGCUAAACUUUAAAUUCCAACCCAUCUGACCAGUAGCCAAGUACAACUUCAAAAUGUAUUUGAGAAGAUUCAUGCUUUUCUUCUAUAACCUUAUUCUACUGUAGAUGCUAGAUGGCUGCAGAGUGCUGACCCUAUUCUGUCACCUUGAGAUAAGAUUUGUAACAUUUUACCACGCUGCUUGCUAUAAGUUCUUAAAAAUAGAUUUCCUGGGAUGUUUAAUCUUCCACAUAUGAAAUCUUUCUCUCCAUCACGUUCAGAAAUCAAACUAAAAACAUCCAUUAUCAUACGAAAUCAUAAUUUUAAGUUUUGAAAUUAGGAAUUUCCAUCACUAGAGUAACACAAAAAGACAGACUUUGUUAUGGAUUACAGGAAUCGGUGAUGUUUUGCAAAAAUACUAUAAAUUUUUAAAUUGAAGAAUAUCUUUAGUUUAUUUUGUUCAUUUGUCAUUUGUCUUGGCUAUUCAUAUAGUCAGGAUGCUUGCUGAUUGGACCAAAGGGCAACUGUGAAGAAAAUCAGAACUCGAAUUUUUUUAGCUGUGAAUGAAUUAUCUUUGUGAUUUAUACUUGUAGACUUGUCUAGGUCUUGAAAGAGCUUGCACAAAAUAUGAUGAAAAUUAAUGUUUCUUGUCAAGUUCCAUUACUUUUCUUUUCAUUGUUGAUGCAGUGCAUGCUUCAUUUCUGAUACGUAAGAUCAAUUUUAUAAUUUAUAGGAUGGAUUAAUGAAAACUCAUGACGAGGAGACUGCUCGAUUUUUCAAGCAUUCUUCCGUGAAAGUCUUGCUCUGUCCUCGAUCUGCUGGAAAAAGGCAUAGCUGGGCUAAGCAACGGGUUAUCUUCUUAAUUACUUUUUCUAGCAUUUCCUGUUCAACCUUGUCUGAGUUUUUUGUCAUAUAGUGCUCUAGUUCUUGCUAAUAUUUUAAAGAUUUUUUUUAUUGUUCUGCUUCUCCUGUGGAAACUUGAACGUUUUCGUAGAUUAUUCUCACCAGGUCAUUUGGAGGGAUAAAAUGUCUGUUCCCAGUUAGUAUCUGAUCUCGAAUUACCUUAUAAAUUAUUAGAAUAAUUUUUCCUGAGAUUCAUUCAUUUCAUUGCAAGGGAGAGAUGGAAUAAAGAAUACCAUUAUUUCUGCUGCUUCCAUUGUCAAGUUGCGUAGAAAAUUGGUAUAUGUAGUGUCCAUUAUUCCUCUUUCACUAUAUUUUGUCAACAGUUUUGUAGUAUUGAAAGAGGUAUAUUUUGAUAUAACUGCUCUCCACCGUGUCUAGUGCAUAUCCGUACUUAGAAAUGUGCAGUGCUUGCUGAUUUUUUUGUUUCUCACAUGUGUUACACCGGGUCUCUUUUCUAUUUGUAUUUUUAUCUGACUUUUUUAUGUGUGCAUGCUCAUAAAAUUCGUCUCUGAAGGCUUCUUUUAUCUGGCAUUUAUUCAUUCGGUCCAAUAUACAUUCAUAUAUAUGCAUAUAUGCAUAUAUGUAUGUGUUUAUUUGUCAUUAUUCAAUUAUCAGUCCUAACAUAGAAUCUUGCUCAUCAGGAAGUCGAAACUAUCUACACUCACCAUCAGAAAACAGUGAUUGUAGAUGCUGAUGCUGGGAAUAAUUGGAGGAAGAUCGUUGCAUUUGUUGGAGGCCUGGACUUGUGUGAUGGCCGAUAUGAUAUGCCAGAGCAUGCUAUAUUUAGAACAUUACAGACGUUGCACAAGGAUGACUACCAUAAUCCAACCUUCACGGUAAUUUCAGUUAUUCUAUUUUUUUAAUGCUUGGGGAUUAUUUCCAUAUUUUUUUCCUUCUUUCAGACUCACUAAUGAUGAUCUGACACUUACGGUUUCAUCCCUUCCGAAAACUAGCAUGUUAAUGGUCUUCUAAGAGGUAUCAAUUAAAUAAUAAUGUUUUUAAAUCUGAAGGUGAAAAGGAAUUAUAUUACUGUUCUGCAGGAUGUAAAUCAUUAAAGCAAACUCAAAUUUCAGCUUUACAAUAUUAAGUGUGUAUAAACUAGGAACUACCUUAUUUAUGAUCAAGGGUAUUAGAAUGGAAUAGAAAACUGUAAAUGACAGCGUGACAGUGAACAAUGAUGUAAUAUUUUAAACAUUUUAAUGACAAAAUGUAGAAGGGCUCUAAAAACCAUUGAGUUCCUUAUGUUAAAUUUGAACCGAAUUUUUUUGAGUUUAUGAUAGAAGUGGCAUCUGAUGAGUAGCCCUUUUAGUGGAGAGUGUUGAAAAGUGGUUGCUAAAACCUUGGACAACAUACAUGUGCUACUGUCUGGAAUUUUUUUUAUCCGUUGCCUGGUAGUUGUCUACCCAAACAUGUUGGGAAGGGAGAGAGUCUGGUACAUUGUAUUCUGCUUCUGGCAUGCUCGUGCGAUGUUCAUUUGGGCACUCUGGAAAAAGUACCAUUUAUCUGAAAAAUUGAAGAAAUAAUGCUUGAAGAAAAAAUUUGAAUCACCGUAGAACAGCUUUAUCUUUUGCCAAUGAGACACUAGUGGGUUUCCAAGUGGACACUUUCUGACAUCACUAACAUUUAUGAAUUAUGAUUCUGCAUAAAUUUGUAAAGGCUGGAGAAUGUUUUGAGGGAAUUCACUCUUGUCCGUUGUUGGGAAUUCCAUAUAUCUGCAUCGUGGAUACUUGUUUUCUUAUCAUCUAUGGAGGAAAUAUUAUUAAUCAUCCUUAGUCUGAAGUAAAGUUUUCCUCAUUAUCCUUGAAUGAAGUAUUUUAAUAUAAACGAAGAAGUUGAGGGUGUGUGGGACAGAGUUUACCAGAUAUUCUUGGCAGAUGGGUCUGACAUGAGCUCUUUGUUAUGGUUAGGCUGGCCCACAACAUUGUACCUUAAAAAAGUUUCGCCGUUAAAAAUUCACUCUUUGUAUGGGUCUCUCGUACAUAUGCUGUGAAUUAUCAGGCUUUUUAGACCAAGCAGAGACUAGUCGCCUUUUGUCUUUGUUGCCAAUGCAAUGGUUCAGGCCUUUAGGGGGGACUGGCUAUGAAGAUAGUACACAUGCAUACUGUAACAUUGGGAAAGAGUUUUUAGUGGCAAGGGCACUGGGAUGAGAUGUCGACAUGCUUCUGCUUUAGUGGCAGAGGCAUUGUUCAUCUUAUUGGAAAUCAUGAAAUGUAACUUCAAGUUAUUGUAGGAGAUACACAUUUCAUUAAUUCUCUGAAGUAUCGCUGUCCUUUCCCUAUGAUCGACAUUGUCUUGACUCAGGAUAUCUGCUAAUAAGAAAGCGAUUGCCCUUUAUAGCUGGAGACAUUUUCAUUUUGUCCUAAACUCAGGAGGGAUUGGGCUGAGGAUGUGGGAUCUUCAGGUUAGUAUCGAUGCACCUAGAUGGGGGAGUGGCUCCCCUACUGUCUUAAUAUCGUCCUUCUAUCAGAAAUGUGAGGCAGAAAGUUAAAAUUUCAGCCGAACUUCCUAGCUUUCUUGCUUGGUUGCCUAUGUGGAACGUGCAACAUUUAUAAAAGUAGAUAUCAUGUUUUGGAGAUAAAACAUUGGACAGUUGUUUCUUGUGACUUGCUGGUUAGCCAGGAUUUGUGUUGACAUAUUGUCAUCUUUUGGGCAUCAGAACAAGAUAUUUCACUCGGUAGUGUGUGCAUGCAUUUUCCAUUUUUUUGGAAGAAAAAAUAAUGUUUUAUUGUUAUUAUGGUUUGCAGGCAUCCUCCAUAAUUGGCACAGAUUGAUUGAACAAGAAUAAAAUGCAUAAAAAUUAGGUGUAUAUUUUUUUUGUAAUACUUGUUCAACUGGCUUCAACACAUGUUAGUCCUCUCUCUUCGACUCAUCUAUGUUAGUUCCCUGUUACAGAAGCUAGCAGAUAUCCUUUGGGCCAUACUUUUGCCUCUCCCACUGAGUAACAGACUUCCUAUGCUAGCUAUGAUGGAAAAUUUAUAAUGAAUUUUGUAUUCUUAUAAUAGUUCUUAUCUUAUUCUAAACUGUAAUCCACUAACAGGGAACCAGCGUCAAUGGGCCAAGAGAACCGUGGCAUGAUUUGCAUAGUAAGAUUGAGGGUUCUGCAGCUUAUGAUGUUCUGAAAAAUUUUGAGGAGCGUUGGAUGAAGGCCUCAAAACCGCACGGAAUAAAAAAAUUAAAGAGGUCUGAUGAUGCUUUGCUUCUAAUUGGUAGAAUCCCUGACAUCAUUGGCAUAGAUGAUUCUGUGUGUCGCAGGGACAAUGAUCCAGAGACUUGGCAUGUCCAGGUAUUCACAUCCAAAAUCUAAGUCAAUUUUGAGCGCAUUUGUUUGACAUUUAUGAAUCUAUCGGGGAAAAGAGGGGAUCAUUGGAAGUUGUGAGUUUAAAUGUUAAUUUUCUAAAACUCGUUAUGGUUUUCACCAGUAUGGCUGCCAAUUUUUGCAGAUUUUUCGUUCAAUUGAUUCGAAUUCGGUAAAAGGUUUUCCUAAGGAUCCAAAGGAGGCAACUGGCAAGGCAAGGAAAUGACUUUGAUUCGCUGAUAUUUUUUUAUUUGGAAAUAUUGUUCAUUUUCUAAUUGGAGACCUGGUUACAAUGAUUUUGCCUGCAACAGAAUCUUGUAUGCGGAAAGAAUGUACUAAUUGACAUGAGCAUACAUACAGCUUAUGUGACAGCUAUCCGAGCUGCCCAGCACUUUGUAUAUAUUGAGAAUCAGUAUUUUCUUGGUUCGUCUUAUAACUGGGCAUCAUACAGAGAGUAUGGUACGUAUCAAUAUUUUUUCCAUAAUUGCAUUAAUUAUAUAAUACAACUAUCUUGAAAUUAACGAAUAAAUUAUGUUGAUGGAGCAGCUCUAUGAAUAUGUGCGUGUUUAAAUAUUUAUGCUGGUGCCUCGUUUCAUAUUAAGCGGUAUGCGACCAUCACAUUAAUCUUACCCCUCUGUAAUCUCCAACCAGUGGUUUUGUUGAGAAAACUUUCUACUCUAUUUUUAGUAUAACUUCUGAAGUCAUCAUGGAGAAGCAAAUCCUUCAAGAUUUUAGUUUUUUGGUCACGGUUUAUUUUUCUGAUAAUGACAAUAGGAUGUAUUUUGAAUGCAACAUGAAAAUUCAAAGCCAUUUGGUCCUUUGGUUGGCGGUCGGUCCUUUUGCACCAUUUUCAUUUUCGACCCUGGAUUCAAUAUGGGAAUUCUUGGUUUUCAUUACUUUGAAUAGUGUUUUUAAUUGUGAAUAAAAUUAGUGGAAAGGAUCUCAGUUUCUCUUAAUUAUAACAUGCUUCGAAGACCUAGGUCCACCAAUCAAAGUUUCCCUUUGAUUUUCUAUGUUUUCCAGUUUCUACUGUGCAUCCUAAUCUUUCAUGUUGGACUGGAAAUGAUGUGUAGGCAGGUUUUCUGGUUUCUGGAUCCACUUUUCCUUUUCCCCAUGUUUUUCAUAAUUCAGUAAAAUAAAGGUUGUGUACAAGUGACCUACUCUUCUGUUUAUGUUUAUGUUUCUGCUAUUAAUAAGAUCUGGUUUUGAGCUCCCCUACAGAAAAAUGGGAUAAACAAGCUUAGUGUGAGAUUCCCCCCCUCUGAAACUGUUGAAUUGGAUCUCAGUUGUCUUGGUUCCACUCACCAAAAGAAGGCGCCUGGUUCUUCAUGUAGCAUAAUAUUUGUAUUCUUCCUGUGUCUCUUUCAGAGGCCUGUGGUGUUAUAUAUAUAAUGGUUUUUUUCAAUCUCAAGAGUUGUAAUACGUUCUGUUAUCUGAUAGGCGCUAAUAAUUUGAUACCCAUGGAAAUCGCGCUCAAGAUUGCCAAGAAAAUCAAGGCAAAUGAGAGAUUUUCUGCUUAUAUUGUUAUUCCCAUGUGGCCGGAAGGCGACCCCAAAAGUCUGCCUAUGCAAAGAAUACUUUGUUGGCAGGUAUGAUUAAACUGUUACCAAAAGAAGAUGAUUUCUAUUAGAUCUUAUCAGCUUUCUCUGAACUUCACCUAGUAGUAAUCUUCUCUUAGUCAUGUUGAAUAGUCUGACAAUUGAAACUACAGUCGGACAUGGUAAAUGGAUUCAGCUUUUAUAACAAGUGUACAGUCGGACACAAUCAUGUUUGUAUAGUCGGACAUCCAGUUUUUAUUGCAUUGUUCUCCUACUAAAUGGAUUAAGCAAUAUUCUUAUGAUUAGUCUUCACCAUCCGAAUUGGGAAACAAUGAUACAUAUAUUAAUCCAUGCUGUUUGGCUGAUUUUUCUCUUAGGAAGAAUUUCUGAGGCUUACACUUUUUUCAAAAUUUUAUGCAUUUACAUGCUCUCACUCCAGAUAUUUUACUCAGCAUCGGAUUUUCUUUGUAUCCUUCCAAUACAUCGCUUAUCAGCCAUCUGCUAAAGUUGAAUAAUUUGUAUUACAUGGGUGAAUGCUUGAGCUCGUCUAGAUUUGUAUUGCGUGACUGAUUAAAUACUAGAUUGGGUCGUGUAUAAUAUAAGAUCAAACGCUUAUUUAGAUCAAGUUGGCAUGUUUUGAUGCCUACCAAAGUAAGAAGCCUAGAAUUAACCAUUCCAAUAUGCAUAUUAAGUAAAACGAAAAUUUUGAGAUGUUAGAAGGAUACUCACGAGAUGGAUCUUUUAAAUUUCACAGAGAUACCCCAAGUAAUUUUGCCGUAAAGGAACACCUUCUUGGGUUAAUUUGGACUUUGAAGAUUUCUCAAAAUCUGGUGCACAUAUAUAUAUAUAUAUAUAUAUAUAUAUAUAUAUAUAGACUUGGGCACUAGGUCAAACCUUAGGCAUCUAUUUUGAAACUUCUGGGUACAUUAUUAAAGCGUCUAGCAUCUUGGCAGGGAUGUGGCUCACUUGACUUAGUAAAUAACCCGAGGAUAGAUGAAAAGGGUGAUGAGCUUAUUUUUGUGAGAUAGUAAUAAUUGAAAACUAAACACAAGCAACUAUCACUCUUAAGAAACAAGAUCUGUAUUGUUGUUCAGAGUAUUUUAUUCUGUUCUUGCGAGAGGCUUUGUGGUUUACCAGGCACAGGAUCUCUUCUGGGUUCCAAAAAUUGCCAAGUUUCACUGCAGAAGCUAUCCGUGGAGAGAUAAGAGCCAGCUUAAUCUAGGUAGAUUAUUCAGAAGCCUUACAUAAAGAGAUAUCAGUGAUUAGGAGGGUUGCUCAAACACAGAAUUAUCUGACUAUUUAUCUAACUGGGGAAAUCAGAACGAUCAGAGUCAUGGAAAAAGGAGGGGCCCUUAGUCAACUGCUCCAACCAGGAUCAUCCCUUUUCAAUCCACACAGUCAAACCCAAUUCGAUGCUCCCACGACUUGGGAUCUUUCCUAAAUGGGUUUCCCCUCUUUUCUUUUCUUUUUCGAAAGACAUUAAUCGGUGUUCAUGAUCCCUUUGAAAUAUCAUGUGAAGAAUGCUACCUUCUGAAUCUUCCUGUGCUGUUCAUGCUUGUAUUUUUGCUCUCCUGGUUAAGUGACGACUCCAGAUAUUUGUGGAAGAUUUGACCUUUUCUAUUGGAUUUUUCUUCUUUAUAUCCGCCGGUUCACCUUCUUCUGUGGAUCUUCCUCCUCCUCGGCGCAGAAAGAGACAAUGCAAAUGAUGUACGAGACAAUCUAUAAAGCACUGGUAGAAGCUGGGCUGGAGAAUAGGUAUUCACCUCAAGAUUAUCUGAACUUCUUUUGCCUUGGAAAUCGCGAGGCAGCUGAUGGGAACGAUACCGACAGUCUCUCAUCGCCAAAUUCUCCCAAUGUAAUCAUUUCUUUGCCUUCUACCCCCUCUUUUCUCUGCUGAUUUUUGCUUCUAUACCCAUUUCUGGACUGAUGCUACCUUGUUAGAUCACAUUACCCAAUUGGGAAAGCAGUGGAUAGUUUCCCUUUCUGCAUGUGAUCACCGACCGAAUAAUGCCAUCUUUCCAGGCCCUUUCUCGGAAAAGCCGGCGCUUCAUGAUUUACGUUCAUUCCAAGGGGAUGAUCGUAGACGACGAGUACGUGAUAUUGGGCUCUGCAAACAUCAACCAGCGCUCGUUGGAGGGCAGCAGGGACACAGAGAUCGCCAUGGGCGCGUACCAGCCGUACCACUCGUGGGCGGAGAAGCCGUCCGGCCCGCGCGGCCAGGUGGGGGUGCUCGUCAUCGCUGCCCACAGCCUCAAGCUGCCCUGUUCUUCUAAUCACUGCCCGUCUUGUUCUUGCCGCAGAUCUACGGGUACAGAAUGUCUCUCUGGGCAGAGCACCUAGGGUUCCUCGAGGAGGGCUUCGACCACCCAGAGUCCCUCGACUGCAUGCGGCGCAUCCGGGCUCUCGGAGAGAUGAACUGGGCCCAGUUCUUCUCUGACCAGGUGACGGAGAUGAGAGGGCACCUCCUCAAGUACCCCGUCGCAGUGGACCAAACCGGCAAGGUCAACCCCCUUCCGGACUGCAAAGAGUUCCCUGAUGUGGGGGGGAAGAUAUGCGGGAACGUUGUGGGGCCCGUGGAGAAUUUGACCACCUGA